UAGAAUGAGAAAAGAAGAAAGAAUAAUGUUUUACUAUAAGCUAAGCUGUUAACGUAUAUUAAAUUCAAAUGCACUUGACUGCAAAGUGUUUUCCAGGUUUCAGAAAAUGUCACAUACAUGUAUACAUGGUGGAAAAAUAUAUCGUGAAUAAGCUGUAUGUUUAGCCGGGUACACAUCAGACACACACAACACAGGACUGAACUCUGAAUUGAAGUUUAAUGUCGAUGUUCACCUGCAUUUACAUUGACAUAUGAGAAGGAGAACGGCGGCCAAACUUCCUUAAUGCACGCGGCCGGAUCAGUGGUAGAGGACCGGCGCUUACAGCUCGCUUUACCGCUGAUGGUGCCCGAUGUAAACGGUUGUGCAAGUGCUAUCUUCAGCUGAGUGUGCCGGUAACCUUAGCUGCGCAGUUAUAGCUCUCCGUGUCAACACUGUGGGAUGAUACGGCCAGCCCGUUGGCAAGGGUCCAAGAGCGGGGCCGCGUCUGUGCCCGCUGGUUCUCCCCGCUCCUCAGUCCAUUCACAGCAUGAUUCAGGUCACAACAGCAACGACCCUCACCCCAGUAGGCGAAGCUGCCCAGUCACAAAUAAGUCCAUGUCGUGACCCCCCCCCCCCCCCCUCUCCUUUUAGUCUCUCCGUGGCAGUUGUCCACGCACAUGCUCCAGGCGUCCGUUACAGAUUCAAGGGUGGGGUCGCGGGCAUAUCUCUGCCCGUUUCAUCCACGCAGAGCGCUUGCCCGAGACUUCCAGUCCACGUGCCCCACGGUGCUGGCGGAGUAAUCAGAACAUCCGGCGGUCUGUAAAGCACUCUAAAGUUGAGCAACAUUUCCGUUUACAUUAUGCGGUAUUCCGGAGCUUACAAACUGUCCCGGUCAGUCCAGAAACAAACUGAAACUUCAUCCGGCUUAAAAAAAACCCCAGGCUAAGCGGAGAUAAAAUGUAGAAUAUUGAUUUUUAUUUGAAGAAAAACUGUUCUCGAGCGCUAUAAAAAUUAAAUUCUUUGUUCCGAUGAAGUUUACUGGCAUUCGACUGCAAUCAGAACGUGAAUUGCUGUGGAACACUGCUCCAGCGAGACCGUUCAAACUUGGCUGUUCUCUAACUUUCGAGAGGACAAAGACUGUUGACCGUGUGUGCGCGCGAGCGAUGGCGCUGGUGACCGGGCUACAGUGAUUAAUGUCCCACUGACCGCUCCGCACCCGCGUGGCGCGCCCGGAGACGGCAACUCCAUGUUGACGGAAAUAUAGAGACGGGGGAGCUGAGAAGGGCAUCAGGCAGACUGUUUGCUCAGACCCUCUCAUCAAUUAACGUUUCAAAAGUUACUGGAUAAGCCGACUGAACUCCGUUUAUAGCGCCUUCGAGUUAAGCGUAAUGUCGCUCACUUUGACUUAAAGCCAGUUUGAAAGUCACCAGUUUCCUGUUGUGUGUGUGUGUGUAUGUGUGUGUGUGUGUGUGUGUUUCUGUGUGUGUUGAUUCGAUUUGAAAUACAACCUGUAGCUUGAAAUCUAUUGGUCCAUAUAAACUUAGGUUAUUAUGCGAUUGGGGGGCUUUCUGUGGGCGCGGAGGAGUUUCCGUGUAGCCUCUUGCUCUUCCGCUCCAAGCGAAGCUGAGCUCAGCUCCCAUGGUUUCAAACCUAUAAUUUCCAGCAUCACUCAACCCGGUUGUAGGAAAUGCGUAAGCGCAGGUCGCGCGGCGGGACUCCACGGACUGCGGUGGGAUGGAGACCUCAGUCUGAGCUGCGUUCGGACAGCUCCCCACGCCGCGCGCCGCGCACUCGCACUCGCGCUCGGUCCCCACUGCCCACCGAGGAGCCCGCUUUGCGUUUUGUCAGAUUCCCCAAAAAAUAAAAUACUCGCGACCCACGGCCUUGGAGGGAACCUGUCUCAUUUUAGGUGCAGCGGACGAGGCCAUUGGCGGAGGGGCGUCACGUGACCGCGGCGCCAAUGUUAUUCUCGGCGGGUGUCAGGACCCUGUCAGUUUGUGAAAUAAGCGCUGGGAAGUGGCGAGAUGCAGAAGGCGCCCUACUACGAGGGCGCGGCGGCGCUGUACGCCGGCUACGCGUAUCAGGGGGCCAACGGCUUCGCUUACGGCCCCGCUCAGCAGCAAUAUCCCCCCGCCACUCACCCGGAAACUGAGUUCCAUCGACCCGACUGCUCGCUGCAGCCCCCCCUCCCCAGCGGCGGGGGUGGCGGAGGAGGAGGCGGGGGCUCCCUCAUGCUCCACAAGCCCGGCCAGAUCGCGGAUAUCUGCACCCCCAACGGAGCGCCCCCCCCUGGGCCCCCACCCGGGCCCCCCGCCCCCGACGUCCCCGACGGCAGUCGAGUGCAGGCUCCCCCCGGCCCGAUGCUCCCGUCCUCCCCCGAUUCUCCCGCCCAAAACGCCAGCAACGGUCCCGGCCCCCCGCCCGGCCCCAAGACCGGCCCGUCCAGCACCACUGCCACCAGGAAGCAGAUAUUCCCCUGGAUGAAGGAGUCCCGCCAGAACACCAAACAGAAAACCAGCUCCUCCAGCACAGUGGAGAGCUGCGCGGGAGACACGAGCCCCACCGGAUCCGCCGCGUCCAAGCGAGCCCGGACGGCGUACACCAGCGCCCAGCUCGUGGAGCUGGAGAAGGAGUUUCAUUUUAAUCGUUACCUUUGCCGACCUCGGCGGGUCGAGAUGGCCAAUUUGCUGAACCUGACAGAGAGGCAAAUAAAGAUCUGGUUUCAGAACCGCAGGAUGAAGUAUAAAAAGGAUCAGAAGGGAGUGGGGAUGAUGCCGUCUCCCGGGGCGCAGUCUCCGCGAAGCCCGGUCGGUCCACCCUCGGCGGGGGGGUACCUCAGUUCUAUGCACGCUCUCGUCAGCAGCGUUCCCUAUGAAUCCAGGUCACCCACGUCGUACAAUAAGCCUAAUCAGAACGCAUAUAGCAUCUCCACCUCAUAUUCGGCUCCCAUAAACAACGCCAUGAACAGCUGCCCUCCGUCGCAGAAGAGGUACCCGGGGACUGGCGCAGGCACGCCCGACUAUGACACGCACGCCCUUCAGAGCAACCCCGGCUACGGGUCUCAUUUGCAGGGAAGCCCGGUUUAUGUCGGCGGAGGUUACGUGGAUUCUAUGGCCAACUCCGGUCCCUCGGUGUUCGGUCUCACGCACCUCCCUCAUCCGUCCUCGGCCAACAUGGACUACAAUGGGGCGAUCGCUAUGGGCAACAGUCACCACCACGGACCGUGCGAUCCGCACCCCACGUACACAGACCUUACACCGCAUUACUCUCAGGGAAAGAUCCAAGAAGCGCCCAAGCUGACGCAUCUGUAACGCAACUGUCCGUGGGGCAGGAAACGCCCCCUCUCGCUGGUCGUAUUCUGACCACCGAUCCUGCGGCUUUCUUAAAAAAAAUAAUGAAAAAACAAGAAGAAAAAGGGAAAAAUCCUCAUUAGCAUAUGUACCUUCUUUUUUAUUUUAUAGUUUAUUGUGUGAUGUAGUUAUAGGCCUAGUAGUCAUUCUUGUUGCUUGAAUGUCUCUAUAACUUCGCUGAUGUUGUUGUUCCAUGCGCAUAUAUCUGGGACAUCACGUGGAGGCACAGAUAUGCAUAUCUAGCCUUAUCGUAAGCUUUUUUUUUUCUUAACCAAACAGGGUAUAUGAACAAUUUUAUUUUUACAAGAUACUUUAAUGUGAAUUUGUUCUUUUAUUUAUCCCGCUUUGAAGUAUUUUGUUUGCAUUUUGUUGCACUUCGGGGGGUCCCUCGUAGUAUCUCGCGCCCGGUUGAGAAGGACUGGCGCGUUAGUAUCGGGACCUCUUGUAUUCUGACGGACUUUUCAACUUUAUUUAUUUUUCUCUGAUUUAAAAAAAAAAAAAAAAAAAUACAGUUUUGAAGUAUUAUUUAUCCCCAUCUGUUCGGAGUGGGGAAAAAAGCACACGGCGCCCGGCUGGAGGUCUCUCCUCGAGGCCGAGCACGUGACGAGCAGUCUGGCAUAGCAUGGUUUCUUCCCGGGGCUUCUGUCUCUUAACCUAUAAAAA